CACCUUUACUUUAUUUACCACGUUACCGCUCUGGAAACCUGUUCCGUCUUCCGAGCGCAGGGUCUGAAGUGCGCGGUGGCUUUGAUAGUUCGGAACUUUUUUGUGUCCGUCCUGUGAGGAAAACACUUUUAAUCCGAAGUAAUUAGGUGUAAUUAAAAAAGACUUUGAUGCGCGCAGUUUGCAAAGUUGAAAGCAGCGUGGUCCUUUUCCGAGGCGGCACCCUCGAAGGCGACUCCUUGUUUAUCGGCUGGUUCUGAAAGUACUCGGAAAUCCUGGUGGGAAUAGCACAACUGCGGCUAUGGCUUACUCUGACUGAUUUCAACAGAUGCGAUUUUUUACGUUUGUAUUCUGGCGUUGGACUUAAAGCUGUUAAGGGGAUUUCAGUUCCAUCAGUAUUUUAACGUUACUGGGAUAUUGUUAAACGACUCCUAACAAAAUGCCGGAUCAAAUUACAGUCUCGGAAUUUAUAGCUGAGACCAAUGAAGAUUACAAAGCGCCCACUACUUCAAAUUUCACCACUCGCAUGUCUCAUUGUAGGACCACAGUUGCCGCUUUGGAAGAGGCUCUGGACGGAGACCGCAGUGUGCUGCAGAGGAUGAAGAAGUCCGUGAAGGCCGUCUGCAACUCUGGCAUGGGCCACGUGGAAAACGAAGAGCAGUAUACUCAGGCCCUUGAAAAGAUAGGGGAAAAUUACCUCACCAAAGAUGAUAACACCAUGGGCUCAGCCUUCCUCAAGUUUGCCAUUUUCACCAAGGAGCUUGCUGCCCUGUUCAAGAACCUGUUUCAGAAUAUGAACAAUAUUAUCACAUUUCCCUUGGACAGUCUGUUGAAAGGAGAUUUGAAAGAGGUGAAAGGGGACCUCAGAAAGCCUUUCGACAAGUCCUGGAAAGAUUAUGAAACAAAACUAACCAAGCUUGAAAAGGAGAAGAAGGAACAUGCCCGACAGCACGGCCUGAUCCGAUCGGAGAUCAGUGGGGGGGAGAUUGCCGAGGAUAUGGAAAAGGAGAGGCGCUAUUUUCAGCUGCAGAUGUGUGAGUAUCUCCUCAAAGUAAACGAAAUAAAGGUCAAAAAGGGGGUGGACUUGCUACAGAAUCUCAUUAAAUACUACCAUGCCCAGUGCAACUUCUUCCAAGACGGACUGAAGGUGGUCGACAGCCUUAAACCUACAUUGGAGAGACUGACAACCGACUUGACGACAAUCAAGCAGGCACAAGACGCAGAGAGGAAGGAGCUCUCCCAGCUACGUGAUGUCCUGAAAUCUUCGCUUCAGGUGGAGCAGAAGGAGGACUCCCAGGCACGGCAGAAUUGUGGGUACAGCCUGCACCAGCUGCAAGGCAACAAGGAUCAUGGUACGGAGCGUAGCGGCACCCUCUACAAGAGGAGCGAGGGCAUCAGGAAGGUAUGGCAGAAGAGGAAGUGCUCCGUGAAGAAUGGCUUCCUGACCAUUUCUCACGGGACGGCGAACAGACCACCAGCAAAGCUAAAUCUGCUGACAUGCCAGGUGAAGCGAAGUCCAGACGAGAAGAAAUGCUUUGACCUCAUAUCCCAUGACCGGACGUAUCACUUUCAAGCAGAGGAAGAGCAGGAGUGUGAAAUAUGGAUCUCAGUCCUGCAGAACACUAAAGAGGAAGCUCUGAAUGCUGCCUUCAAAGGUGACCAGGAAGUCGGAGAGAAUAACAUUGUGCAGGAGCUGACCAAGGCCAUCCUGGGCGAGGUGAUGAGGAUGCCGGGGAACGAUAUCUGCUGUGACUGCGGAGCUGCCAAUCCCACAUGGCUGUCCACAAACCUGGGUAUCCUGACAUGCAUUGAGUGUUCAGGAAUCCACCGGGAGCUCGGUGUCCACUACUCCAGGAUUCAGUCCCUCACACUGGAUGUUCUUGGAACAUCUGAACUUCUGCUGGCUAAGAACGUAGGCAACUCUGGCUUCAAUGAGAUCAUGGAGGCCUGCCCAUCAAAAGAAGGUGUGCUGAAGCCCAAUCCCAGCAGUGACAUGCAGAUGCGGAAGGACUACAUCACAGCCAAGUACACAGAGAAGGCUUUUGUGCGCAGGAAGUACCCCGACACAGCAUCCAGGCUGCUUGCCCUGUGCAGAGCAGUAAAAGAGCAUGACAUCUUCUCCGUCAUCCAGCUGUACGGUGAGGGGGUGGACCUGAUGGAGGCCCUGCCGCUCGCCAAUGAGCAUGAGCCAGGAGAAACGGCGCUUCACUUUGCCGUCCGGCUGGCAGACCGGACCUCCCUGCACGUUGUGGACUUCCUGGCUCAGAACAGCGGCAACCUGGACAAGCAGACGGCCAAAGGCAGCACAGCCAUGCAUUACUGCUGCCUCACCGACAACAGCGAGUGCCUCAAACUGCUGCUCAGGGGCAAAGCCGUCACGGACAUCGCUAAUGAGGCUGGAGAGACUCCUAUGGACAUCGCCAAGCGGCUGCGGCAUGAACAGUGCGUGGAGCUGCUGAACCGGUCACUGGCUGGGAAGUUCAACGCCCAUGUGCACGUGGAGUACGAGUGGCGCCUGAAGCAUGAGGACCUGGAUGAGAGCGACGAGGAUCUGGAGGAGAAGCCGAUCCUGCCAAGGCGGGAGGACCGUCCAUUCCUCUCCGUGAUGCCAGGCCCAGGCCCUGGUUCCGGCCCCAUUCAGCCCCAGCUGGCCUCUCUGGCCCGAGAUGCUGCCAGCCUGGUCCGGGACAAGCAGAGGGGAUUCAUCCCCAGCAUCAUCAAUGAGACCUAUGGCACCUACAUGGACUCCCCUCCCCCGCCACCUCCCCCUCCCCCCAACUUUCCUGUUCCCCCGCUGCCCUCUCGACCCACAAUCAAAGUCCCAUUACCUGGAUUUAUUGGUGUGGUACCCACCAUUGGUGGAGGAGGGUGGAAGCCAGGGCCAGGGGAUACGGAGGCGGUGGGCAGCCAGAGGACCAGCUCUGAGCAGGCCGGUCCUGCCCCCACCUCGCUUGUUGUGCCUCCAUCAAUCCAGAUAGGACCACCAGCGCUUCCAGUUCUUCCACCAGUACCACCAUCAUUACCACCAUCAGUGCCAACCCCACCCAUGCCUCCACCACCACCUCUUCCUCCAGUCAAACCUGCUUUGCUUCCACCCUCAAGAAAGCCUACCCUGGUGCCAGGCCUGCCCCCUGGGAGAACUGCAGUACCUAAAUCCCCCUCUAGCAUGGAUAAUACUUUUCCAAAGUUGCCCACAACCAAGCCUGUGUCACCGAAGAGACCAGCAGGCAAAGGAGCAUCCAGCUCCCCACUGGAUGCCUCUGAACAGACCCCACCCCCACCUCCCGUACCCAGGCCGACCUACCUAAAACAGAAACCCAAGCGCGUAAAGGCCAUAUACAACUGCAGAGCCGACAACCCAGACGAGCUGACCUUCUCCGAGGGAGAGGUGAUUGUGGUCGAAGGGGAGGAGGACCAAGAGUGGUGGGUCGGCCAUGUGGAGAACGACCCGAAGCGGAGGGGCGUGUUUCCUGUGACCUUCGUACACUUCAUCACGGACUGACUGACACACAUCAGUCAAGGGGCAGGAUUUGGUGGGGGAACUGUACUCUAAUAAGUCUGCACAGUUUGUGUGUGUGUGUGUGUGUGUGUGUGUGUGUGUGUGCGUGCAUUUAUAUGUUUGUGUGUUUGUGCUUCUGCAACUUUCACUUCUCUUCCUGCAAAGUUACAUACAGCUGAGAACUUUUUUUCCCAAAGGUUUUAAAAAGCAGCAAAAGUUUAUGCUAAAAUGAAAUUUUGCAAGGAAAAUAUAAUUUCGUAUCAGUGCUGAAUCUGAAUUACAGUGACAUAGGGAAAAAUACAGCUGGAUACAGGAAUGCGUGAGAAGGUGUGAAUGUUUCAUUAUUUCUCUCUGAGAAUCACCCAGCACGGUGAACAUGGCAGGUCCACAUUUCCCUUUGGCUUUAAUGAAAGUAAUGAUUCAUUAAUUUCCAUGAAUCUGCCAUAGAAAAAUUCUUUCAGACAGUUUUUGUACAGUUUUUAACAGUUUACCUUUUAUAUUAUACUGUUAUUUUGUGUGUUUAGUUCCAGUUCUGGGAAAAGCCAUAAGAUUUUUAUAUGAGAAUAUUCUCCACUUGUCCCAUUACGUUCCAACUGGGAAAUCCUGCUGAAGCCCAUUAUCUAAAUGCAAGUUGUUCUGCUAACACGUGUAUGGCCGGUAGAUGGACUGCUGGAAUACUCACCAGUUAUUCAGUAUUGACACACUCUAGGCCACUCAUUUACUAGCUGAAUGAACGAGUCUAACUUCACAUUAACGCACUCUGACACAGUAAAUGAGCCUGAGACCGGCUCAUUAGCACUGGGUAACUCUGACUGAUGCAGGGUCCUUACCGCAGCCCCUCUGCACCUUCUGUAGUGGUGGUCAACUCAAGGAAGGACAUCCCGUCAUGGCCAGGAGCAACAGGGAUGCAUCUGAGGACGAGAGGGGACCAUUCUUAGUAUCACUGCUGAAGGCAGAUGGGACUGGCUCUCUCAGAAAAGGUUCUGUGGACCUUAAUCUCCAACACUGCCUGACAGACUCUUACCACAUAUAUGCAGCAGAUUGCUGCAGUGUCAGGGGUCCACAUGUCAACAAGUAACAGGUGCCAAGUUGGUGAGAAAUCUUAAUAUGAGAUCCUAAUAAUGAAUAAUUGGUAUGGUGUUUUGAAAGCUAUGUACAUUUUAUAUUUAAGUAGUUUGUGUAUUGACUGCUCCCUGUGAUGGGUUAUUCCCUGCAUUGCAUUCUGGGAUAGACUCUGCACCACUGCGAUCCCCAAACAGGACAAGCGGGUACAGAAAAUAUAUGGAUAGAUAGUAUGCAUGAUCUAGAAUUUACCCUUUGGUGCGGAGAUGCAUUUAGAUGAAACAUGGCUGUUUUUACUGUCCCUUUGUGUUGCUUAGUCAAAGUCCUGUAAAUAUCUUCACUUUUUAAAACAUGAACAUAGUGGGACCCCCAGAUCCACGGUUUCAGUUAUCUGCAGUUUACCGUGGUCCAAAAAGUUUCAAGCCAUGCACCAUACACAUAUAGGCUGUAAGCCAGUAAGUACUCAUAAUAGCUAAGAUAUUUUUAAACAAAUUAUUCUCAUUAGAGGUUAUAUACAGGUACAUGAUACAAUAUUUUUCAUUGUAAAGUGUGUAACAACAGCCUAUGUUUUUUCAUUGAUCCUUUGUUGUUUCAGGAGUAUAAAACGCAUGAUUUUCACUGCUGCAUCCCUUGAUACAUGAUAUUUUUUAAUUGCUAUACUGACUCUUGAGAAUUAGGCUAAAACGUCAGAAUCCCUUUCAUUUGAGAGAGUACAGUACUGUACUAUGCAAUGUACUUUACCAACAGUAAAUACAGUAAUAAUGUCUUACUGUGUAUAAAUUAUCAAACUUUACCAUAAGUAAAUACACUGCAAUCAUGUUCUAUAUCGGGUUUGGAAAUGGUUCGCUAUUAUCCACGGUUUUCACUAUCCGUAGUAGGUCUUGCAACGUAUCACCCACGGAUACUGGGGAGCUAAUAUAUUGUUACUUUGGCCUGACACAAGAAGGAAACCCAAUAAUAAUAAACUGUAAAAUAUGUGGGGAGAUUAAGGUACUGCGAUUUGUACAUGAAUAUGGGAAACUGAAACCAGAAAAAAAUGCAUCAUUGUUAAUAAACAUUGUCCUGUUUAAUAAUGA